CGUAUUUUUUUGUAUGAUUUAUAAUAUUAUUUUUAUAUACUUAUAAAUACAAGGACAUUAACAAAUCAAUUAUAAGAGCAAAGAUUAGUUAAUAUCAAAGGCUUAUAUGGAUUACAAUAAUUCUACGACAUCAUUAUAUUCAAAUAAGGAGGAUGAAAUGGAUUCGUCCAAUAAUAGCAAUUUAGGGAAUAAUAAUAAUGUGAAUUUAAAUCACAACCGAAAUAUUAAUUCAAAUCAAAAUGGAAUGUCUAAAGCUGAACUAAGAAAGAGCAAUAAACCAAUUAUGGAAAAACGUCGUCGGGCAAGAAUUAAUCAUUGUUUAAAUGAACUGAAAUCCUUAAUAUUGGAAGCAAUGAAAAAAGACCCAGCACGUCAUACAAAAUUAGAAAAAGCUGAUAUUCUUGAAAUGACAGUUAAACAUUUGCAAUCAAUUCAGCGUCAACAAUUUAAUUUAGCUAUACAAACUGAUCCAGCUGUUGUACAUAAAUUUAAAACUGGUUUUACAGAAUGUGCUGAAGAAGUUUCUAGAUUUCUAGGCCAAUUGGAGGGAAUUGAUAAUGGUACAAAACAACGUUUAAUGCAACAUUUAAAUAAUUGUUCAACACGUAUUGAACAAAUUGGUACAUUUAGUAAUUUUUCCUCAAGUUAUCGACAAGCAUUAAAUAGUUCUGGCUUAAAUCAAUCAAUUUUCGGAACAACUUUUAAUAAUGCGGCAGCAGCAGCAGCCGCAGCUGCAGCAUCAUUAUUUACUUCAAAUGGAAAUCAUCAAGAUGUAAAUAAUAAUGGUCGAAUAAAUAUGAAUGGUGUACAAUUGAUACCAUCUCGUUUACCAUCUGGUGAAUUAGCUUUAAUAAUGCCAAAUUCUACAACAUUGCCAUCAUCACUUUUAAUGCCAAAUUUAUCAACACAAUCGAUUGAAUUUUCAUCAACAUUUCCUAGAUUAAGUGCAUUUACAAAACCAACGUCAACUAUUGCAUCAUCAAUUAGUCCAAAUUCAUCAUCACUAUUAAAUAAUUUAAAUGGAAAUAAUUUAAUAAAUAAUAAUAAUAAUCAUUUACAACAAUAUAAUCAACACAAUCAUAUUAAAAUAAAUAAUAUAAAUUCAUCAAUAAAUCCAUUACAAAUGUCAGGUAGUGGAGUAACAGCAACAACAGUUACUAGUCCACCAUUAAGUCCAGUAUCAUCAAUAUCAAGUUUAGGUGAUGAUUCAACAAUUCAUACAAGUGCAACAUCAGAUUAUGGUACAAAAACUCCACCAUUAGAACAAAGUAUAACAUCUGAUUAUUUUUCAACACCACCUAGUAGUGAAUCAAUUAAACUUAUAUCACGUACUGGACAUUUACAACAGCCUCAUGUUUCAUCCACCGUUCUCGAUGAAUCGAUGAAAAAUCAAAAUGAUGCUAAAAAAAGAUUAAGAACAUCAAUAGAUGAUAAAAGCGAAGAUGAAGGAAACAGUAGUUCAAAACAUUUUUUAGAUGAUUCUAAUGACAGUAUGUGGAGACCAUGGUGA